UCGGCGGUUUGUCCCUCACCCACCAGUGAAGCAACAGGUGGGGCUCAUCAUCCAGUACAAAACCGCCAACGACUCGUCGUUCAAUUCGGUUGUGGCCCUCCUCGGCUCCUCCUCCACCUCCUCCUCUACUCCUCAUCUCAGUUUCUUCAGACCACAAUCACACACCCACCAAAACAGAAAGAACCCAAUUCCCAAUCUUCCUUCUUUGGCUCUGUUUCUCAUUUCUCUCUCAAUUUCAGACCACCCAUGGUGUUGCCUAGUCAACAAUUCCAGGACUUUCCAUAAAAUUGUGGAAGAAAGCAACCCAUUAAAGCAAACAACAAGGCCUUGGAGCUCAGCUCACAGCUGCCCUCCUAAUUCCUAGAGGGGAUGGAAUACCAAAGCCCUGUUCAUCAAAAGAUGCAUGGGAAAGAUGCGUGGUAGAUAGAUUAAGUGAAGACUGCAAACUCCUUGCACCCUUUCUGGUCCUCAACACAUCUUAUACACUUGAUGACUACAUCUGGAUGUGCAUCAAUGAGGUUUGGUUUCUAGUAAAUCAAUUGGGCUCAAUCGGAAAGAGGGUACAUACAAAGAAUGGAGGAGUGUUCAACUGGGGCUCUAGUCCCGGCAGUGAAAGUGGAACCAAUUCUAUCAAGCAUCGGGGGUUCGGUGGAUCCAUGCAGCAGUGACUUGGGUCGUCUGAUGGAGGAGAAAGGAAUGUCAGAGGUGGACAAGGAUUUGCUGUGUCCAAUUUGCAUGCAGAUUGUAAAGGACGCAUUCCUCACAGCGUGCGGCCAUAGCUUCUGCUAUAUGUGCAUCAUCACCCACCUUAGCAACAAGAGUGACUGCCCUUGCUGUGCCCAAUCUCUCAGCAAAAACCAACUAUUCCCCAAUUUCUUACUGGACAAGCUUCUGAAGAAGACUUCAGCUCAACAGAUUUCAAAAAGCGCAUCCCCUGUGGAACAUUUUCGUCAGGCAUUGCAGCAGGGCUGUGAAGUGUCCAUCAAGGAGCUAGACACCCUAUUGGCACUCCUUGCAGAGAAGAAGAGGAAAAUGGAACAAGAAGAAGCCGAGAGAAAUAUGCAAAUAUUGCUUGACUUCUUGAAUUGCCUAAGGAAGCAGAAAGUUCAAGAGCUUAAUGAGGUACAGUCCCAUCUUCAAUUUCUCAAAGAGGACGUAAGUGUAGUUGAGAGACGCAGAAUGGACUUGUACCGUGCCAGGGAUAGGUACUCUGUGAGGCAGCGGAUGCUUGGAGGGGAUGAUUCUGUCAAUGGUGCAAGAAAUUCAAGGCCUUCCUCUAUAGACAACAACACCAGUGCUCUCAGAGUACGAGGAGGAACGUCCUCUUGGAAUAUUCAGGGACGAGGACUGCAGAGAAAUGAUGCUUUAAGUGCAUCAGACUCCCAGUAUGUGAAUCAAUCAGGACUUGCUGUUGCCAGGAAAAAGCGGGUCCAUGCAUUGUUCGAUGAGCUACAAGAGUGUUACCUGCAAAAGCGACGUCAGAUGAACCAACCAUAUUCCCAGCUAGAACGGGACAGAACUGUAAUACCCAGAGAAGGUUAUAGUACAGGUCUUGCCGAUUUUCAGUCAGUGCUUACUACGUUAACGCGCUACAGUCGAAUGAGGGUCAUUGCUGAACUUAGGCAUGAGGAUCUAUUUCACUCGGCCAAUAUAGUAUCAAGCAUCGAAUUUGACCGUGAUUAUGAGUUGUUCGCCACUGCUGGAGUUUCAAAGUGCAUAAAAGUUUUUGACUUUUCCUCGGUUGUGAAUGAUCCAGCUGAUAUGCACACUGCUGUUGUUGAGAUGCCUACACGAUCAAAGCUAAGUUGCUUGAGCUGGAACAAGUUUACUAAAAACCAUAUAGCUAGUACUGAUUAUGAGGGAAUAGUAACUGUCUGGGACGUAGAUACUCGGCAGAGUGUCAUGGAAUAUGAAGAGCAUGAAAAACGUGCUUGGAGUGUUGAUUUUUCAUGCACAGAACCCUCGAUGCUUGUAUCCGGUAGUGAUGAUUGUAAGGUAAAGGUUUGGUGCACAAGGCAGGAAGCUAGUGUUCUUAACAUUGACAUGAAAGCAAACAUAUGUUGCGUGAAGUAUAAUCCUGGAUCUAGCAACUGCAUUGCGGUUGGUUCGGCAGAUCAUCACAUUCACUAUUAUGAUUUAAGAAAUGUGAGUCAACCACUGCAUGUGUUUACUGGGCACAGGAAAGCAGUUUCCUAUGUGAAAUUCUUGUCAAACUAUGAGCUUGCGUCUGCAUCUACUGAUAGCACGUUGCGGUUAUGGAAUGUGAAGGAUAAUAUUCCAGUUCGUACUUUUAAAGGUCACACAAAUGAGAAGAACUUCGUAGGUCUUACGGUAAACAGUGAAUACAUCGCAUGUGGCAGUGAAACAAAUGAAGUGUUCGUGUAUCAUAAGGAAAUUUCUAAACCUGUGACUUGGCACAGAUUUGGGUCACCUGAUAUGGAAGACACCGAAGAUGAUGCAGGGUCUUACUUCAUCAGUGCUGUAUGUUGGAAGAGUGAUAGCCCUACAAUGCUAACUGCUAACAGUCAGGGAACCAUUAAGGUCCUCGUUCUUGCAGCUUAAACUAUUACAUGAAAAUAAUAGAAGGAUUGAAACAGCGGUUGCUGUUGCUAUUGUUAAAUAUAAAUCAUAGUUGUUUGUAUAUAUAUAUAUAUAUUAUGGGGGGUAAAGUAAAUGCUAGGUUUGACAGGCAAGUUUUGUGAAGAUAGCUAAAUGUAGGCCGAUAAAAAUGCUAGUAAUCCAAUGUAACUGAAUGCAAAGUGUCGGUUACCUGGUGUAUUCACCUUCACAACUGCGUAGCAGAAUCGGAAUUCACACAAUCUAAUGGUUCAGAUUUAAGCGGAUUGACCUAAAUCUAGAUCCGUUUAAACA